AUGGACAGGAGUUGGAUGUUAAUUUCUGAUAGAUUCAGUCAGCCAUAUGUAGAUGGGGUGAACUCAUUUAUUGAAUUUGCAAAGGCUCAUUUGGAACACGGUGAACUUCCAGAACACAAUAACCUUGAUGAAAGCAAUGGUGAGAAUGAUGAGGAUGAAGAUGAAUAUGAUGAACUGAUAGAGGACUAUCAGAGGGGGAAUUUUAUGGAGGGUGAUACUCUAGAAAGAGAGGAUGUACGACAUUUUGAUAAAUUGCUAGAUGCUUCCCAAUGUUGCUUGUACCCAGGUUGCAAAAACUCAGAUACUUUGUUAUCAUUCGUUAUUCAGAUGCUACAUGUGAAGGUAGAAAAUAGGUGGAGUAAUAAGUCUUUUGACAAGGUUUUGGAGAUACAAAGGCGAUUCUUACCAGAAGGCCACGUGGUGCCAGGGUCAAUUUACGAGUGCAAGAAGUUGCUACGUGACUUGGGCUUGGGGUACGAGCUCAUCGAUGCAUGUAAACAUGAUUGUGUACUAUUCUGGAAGGAGAAUGCUCACUUGGAAAAAUGUCCCACAUGUCAAGCAUCUAGGUACAGAGUAAAUGAUAGCAAGGGUAAGAAGAUCCCUCACAAGAUAUUGCGUUACUUCCCAUUGACACCUAGGUUGAGAAGAUUGUACAUGUCUAGGAAGACGGCAAAAGACAUGAGAUGGCAUAGUGAUAAGCGUGUGGAUGAUGGUGUAGGGAGGCAUCCGGCUGAUUGUAAAGAGUGGAAGGAAUUUAAUUUGCAUUAUCCAGAGUUUGCCCAGGAGACUCGCAAUGUUAGGUUGGGCCUAGCCACCGAUGGGUUCAACCCUUUUGGGAACAUGAGCACUUCCUAUAGCAUGUGGCCUGUCAUACUCAUGCCCUAUAACCUCCCACCUUGGAGAUGUAUGAAGGCCCCAUUUUUCAUGAUGUCCUUACUUAUUCCUGGACCUAAUCAACCAGGGACUGAUAUUGAUGUCUACCUAAGGCCAUUGAUUGAUGAGUUGAAGGAGUUAUGGGAGAAUGGCGUGAUGACUUACGAUGCCUCCACUGAACAGACCUUCCGGAUGCAUGCAGCUGUAAUGUGGACCAUAAAUGACUUCCCUGCAUAUGGUGACAUAUCCGGAUGGAGAACUAAAGGUUAUUUGUCUUGCCCUCCUUGUAAUGAUAAUCCAUUGUCACGCGGGUUGAUCAGUAAGAUUGGGUGGGUGGGUCAUCGAGCUUACUUGCCUGAUAACCACCUUUGGAGGAAAGACAAGAAGUUUGAUGGUUUAACUGAGCUUAGAAAGAAAUCCUUGGAUUUACCGGUGGAAAAAGUAAUGGCUCAAUUGGAUCAAUUGCGGGAAGUCAAGUUUGGAAAGGAUCCUACCAACAAGAAAAGACCACGAGAGUCUGAAGAAUUGAAUUGGACAAAGAAAAGCAUAAUGUGGGAGCUACCGUAUUGGAAGAAAUUAAACCUCCGACACAAUCUUGAUGUCAUGCACAUUGAGAAGAAUAUUUGUGAAAACUUUUACGGGACGAUGUUGGCCAUAGAUGGGAAAAACAAGGACACGUACAAAGCACGUGAUGAUUUGCAAGAAAUGGGCAUAAGGCAAGAAUUGCAUCUACAGAGGAAAGAUAACGGAUCCGUUGUAAAGCCUCGGGCAGCCUACACAUUGGAUUCUCGACAAAUAGAUGGUUUUUGUGAAUUCUUGAAGUCGAUUAGUUAUCCAGAUGGCUAUGCAGCAAACAUCUCAAGAUGUGUGACUUCUAAAAAUGGAAGAUUAUCAGGCAUGAAAAGCCAUGAUUGUCAUGUCCUGCUUCAGCGACUUCUACCAAUUGGCAUGCAUGGUUUUGUGAACAAGGAGAUCUGUACAACACUAUUUGAGUUGGGCAACUUCUUCCAAGAACUGUGCUCAAAAACAUUAAGGCAGACUGAUUUGGAAAAAAUGGAAGAACGAAUUGUGCUCAUACUUUGCAAGUUGGAGAAAAUUUUUCCUCCAGCUUUCUUUGAUGUGAUGGUCCAUUUGGCUGUUCACUUGCCCCGUGAGGCCAUGUUUGCUGGACCGGUGCAAUAUCGAUGGAUGUACCCGAUUGAAAGGUUUCUCGGGACUUUGAAAGGGUAUGUCAGUAAUAGAGCACGUCCAGAAGGUUCUAUCGCUGAGGCUUACAUUGUCAAAGAGUGUCUUACUUUUUGUUCAAUGUACUUAAAAGGGAUUGAUAAACCUGAACGAAAUGAUGAUGGUGGUGAACGUGGUCCCGGGAUGGAGGUCUUUACCCAAAAUGCUCGUCUAUUCUCACCUAUCACAAGGGCUCUUGACCCUUCGCAAAAUGAACGAGAAAUGGCUCACUGGUUUGUGUUGUACAAUAGCUCUGAGGUGGAGCCAUAUAUUGAGGAGCAGAAGAAUAUUUUACAUAAUGUACAAGGACGUGACAUAAGUCGGGUACAACGGGAAGAAUUUCCAAAAUGGUUCAAAAAUCGUAUGAAUGAUUUGCGAACGAAAGGGUCACCUGAAGCAACUGACGAAUUGUGGUCAUUAGCAAAUGGGCCUGGAUCGGUAAUUGACUUUUAUUCUGGGUGCAUCUACAAUGGAAUUCGAUUCCAUACUAGAAACCGUGAAAAUCGUCGUACCUGCCAAAAUAGUGGGUUGGUCGUAGAAGGGGACCAUAAUGGGAACCAAAUUAAUUUUUACGGCUACUUGUGCAAAAUAUGGGAAUUGAAAUACUUGCAUGGGGGUACAGUGGUUUUGUUCCAAUGUGAAUGGUAUGACACCGGUCACAAGAAUAGAAUAUACUCCGAUGAACAUGUCACAAGUAUUGAUGUUACAAGACUUUGGUAUAAAGAUGACCAAUUUGUUCUACCUAGUCAAGUAAGACAAGUAUUCUAUGUCAAUGAUACCAGCAAAGGCAAAAAUUGGAGAGUCGUUGAACGUGUUAAGCAUCGGGGAGUAUGGGAUAUACCAGAGCGGGAUGAUGUCUCUAAUGAUGCUUUUCAACAGGAUGAAACCACUGAUGGUGUUGGGGUAGUGAUCCAAGAUAAUGAUGUUCAAUACAGCAGGGGUGAUAUGGAUCCUGAGAUCAUUUUCAAUGAUCAACUAAUGGCAGAGAAUUUAGUUCACAAUGAUGACGAGGACGACACAAUCAUAGAGUAUAAUGAUGAUGAAGAUGAUGAACUGCAUAGACAACCUGAUGUUGAUGUAGAUCCUGAUAUAGAUCUUGAUAUAGAUUAUGAUAUGUAGUGUUUGAUAUAGAUCUUGAUAUA